GGAUAAUGUCCGCGGACAACUAUCCAAGCAUAUUUUCGCGCCAAAUGGAGACUUGUUUUCAUAUGGGCGUGUGAGGCCCUAAAGGGUAUGGUUUUUGGUCAAAAAAGAAGGUAUAGAUUUUGACCAUUUUGGCUUGAAAUAAGGUAUCCUUUUCACUUUUGCUUGACAUUGGAACUCUUUUUUCCGCGUCAACAUUGAAAAAUUUGAAGCCUUUUCAAAUGUUAAUCAUAAUUGGUAGACGGAACUAUGCGGAAAUGGAAGCCAUUUCUGGUUAGCUGGGUGCAUAUUUUUAGAGCCAUGUACUAAUUUUAGAGGUCUAAAAUGGGGUAUCGAUUUUUAGCUCAGGUCUGAAAUAGGGUGCACAUGUAUGGAAAAUCAGAUUUUGGUCUGAAAUAGAGUACAGGUUUCAAGGUUCGGGCUCCCGCCGCCACCAAAAUCUUUAGGUAGUAUCCCCUUCCGGUUCCGCGGUCACGAUGCGAUAAGUAUCCAAAAAAUCAUGCCGUAUUUCACUAUAACGGGAUGCAAUUACUGCCAAAUCGACUGUUUUCCGUCUCAUAUAAAUAAAUUGUUUUCUCCCGCCUAUCCCCAUAGAAUUCUACCUUCAAUGGUCCUCAAUCAGUCGGUUGAAAGCUAAGUGACUAGAGAUUUCUAAGACAUAUUCAAGCUACACUAAGUAGCUCCACCGACCUAGAUAAUUUCACUGCGUGGAUCAUGGAAGCAACGUAUCCAGGGCCAACAGGCGGCCACUAAACUGGCACAAAACAAAUGCGAUAUAUUUUUUAUUUCCAAAAUCCUCUUAUGACAGUUCCUCUCAAGGUGUGUUUACACCGUGUUCACCCAACACAUUUUGAAUUUAUCGAAUCAAAGCUGAUCCUUUCAAGAGUUUCGACCGAAACUUCACACGUGUGCACUUCAUGACAUCUAACAAUUUCCAAGUGUGACCAUGCGUAUUGUGGAACGUUCUGACCAUACGUAUACAGCGGAACGAUCUGACCGGAUUCCAGCAAACUUUCCACGUUUACAUUGACUUCCGUUAACUCUGAGAGCAAGAUUAAACUUUACUCUUCCUAAGUCGACUCUCAUUUGACCAUGCCCAAAGUAAAGAAUGUCAACAACGUAAAUUGAAUUUCUCGAUAUUUAUGAAAUUCUGCGGCCAAAUUCUCGAUUUGCUCAUAAAAUUGAUUCGCUUUCUUUCGUUCGACAAUUGACAAAAUGAAGACCAUAUAAUAUAAUAAAUAAUGAAAAUAGUGUACAAUUUGUUGAAGCAAAUUUCAUGUGGAUAUGCUCCUUCAAAUGCGCAUUACAACUCAACUUACCUACUUAAAUGUUGCUGCUUUCUCAAUGAAUGUAGAAAUCACAAGCCUUAAACUAAAAUUCCCUGAAAAUUGUAAUAUCGUUCAGAUCUAGCGUGAUGUGGUUCACCGAAUUUUAUCGGAAAUUUUGUACAGCGUAAUCAGAGUUCGGAUAUGGACCAUUGAUCUCCUUGUUCACCAUCUAAAAGGGAAAACCCGUUUCGACACACCUAAUCCACGUGUUCAGGUGCUUCAAUUUGAUAAAUGCUCUUGCAAAUGCUUCUCCUUCUGUCCAAAAACUGCUUUAGACUUGGUUCGGCAUGGCAUCGUUUCUUCUAAAACAGCAAGCAAUAUCGAUGAAAUCUCAGUAAAUAACUCAGACGCCAUCCAUCUGAUCUUACAGAAGAUUUCGAAGGCUGGGGACUCCCCCACCCACGUACGUAAACGUCACGUUUCCGUGACGUCAAACUGUUCCACUUCCUUCUCUUUCUAUAUAAGGUCCCAGAAAGGUUACCCUGCUUUAUUUUGGGCGCUGGAUUCGCCGGUUUGCAGAGAGAUUCUGUGGCCAUGUCCACGUGCAAGGAACCCUUUGUUUGUGAACACGUUCUUUAUCAUAGUAAUCGCGGGAAAAGGAAACAUAAGUGGGAACGAAGAAGUGUUAGCAUUAAAAGGAGUGGAUGCAACGGAAAAUAUUUAGUGAAGGUUGCACCGAUCCAGAAAAAACGCAGUUUGUUGAGACCAAAGAGGCCUGAAACUGUUGAACUAAUUUCCAACAGUCAUGCCAUAGUUCACCUGGAUUCCUUUGGAAAUCAAAGGAAUGUUAUCGGAAUUCUACCUCUGAGAGGAGGCAGCCAAAUACGAGGACAUUUUUUUUCAUCUGAAUGUGGAGAAAAGCUUGAUAACCUCAAAGUUCUUCUUGCAAAGUGUUGUGAUGUCGUUUCUUUUGACGUGGAUUUUGAUGAAACGCCCAAAAGCUCUCCUUUGACCAAAGCCCAGCUUCAUAUCUGCAAUGACAGCAUAUGUUUAUCAACAAACCUAGAAUAUGACUUCAAACUCCUUGGAGAAUGGCAAAUUGAUUCUCUUUCACAACAACUUAUGACACACAGGGGUGUUACUUUGAACGUGACGAGUGAAGCACAAGAAGAGAAGACACUUCUUUUAAGGACUGAAAGAGGACAUGAGAUUUGUUCAAAAUUAACUGAACGGCGUCGGUGCCUAGCACCAGCUGACCAUCAACAAUUUCAAUAUAGCACUUCAGUGGCUGCAGUACACCAAUGUGAUGGCAAUUCCAAUAUUAUGUCAGCUUCAAGUCUAAGCAAAAGUUGUGAGUGGGAACAUCAAAUACAUUUUGAACCUUUGCCUUCUAAAUCUAAAAUCUUUCCACCUACAAAGGUAAAGCCAUCAUUUAGUUUAGGGGAGUUAUCUUCAUUGAGCCAUUUACCUUCUAAUAUACAAGCAAAGUCACCACUUUCAUCUGAUGGAAGCAUUUGUGAGGACGAAUAUGGUUCAACUAAUUCAAGGUUGUCAGCAAGCACAGAGCAGGGUUUAAAUAGUGACAAUGAGCUUAAUGUUCAAACGCAACUGGAGUUAACGGCUCAUAAAAAGCAUGCUGAUAGAAAUGGAACUAAGGAUGGAGAGGAAUCGAGCACCAGGGAGAAUCACAUUCAAGAUGAACACCCACCACCACCCAUUCCACAACGGAAACUUAAACCUGCAAGUACAUGUACCGAGCAAGUAAAGAAUGAGUUGCAGGAUAAUACCAAGUGUUCAGAUCACAGUAUCCAUGGAGAGGAGUUGGUGAUUCAAAGGUCACGCAGCUUCCAGAUUGUUGAACAACCCCCAUCUUGUCCAAAAAGACAGCGCUUCAAAAGUGAGUCGUCACUUACUGUAACAGAGACUGCAAUAACUGAGCUUGUUCAACCAAUAUGCCUUGACCAGCCACAUUCCAGGCCUGCAAACUGCCUUGACACAUACAGGGAUUUACAAGCAAACAGGGCAGCAGACACCGAGGCAAGGAAAAGUGUCUGUCCACCCAAACAGGAUCAAAGGAAUAACAUUAGCUGUGCGGUAACUCAGGAUGGUGUAGACACCUUUGACUUCAAGCCUACAAGUGUAAAAAGUAGGGCUUUAACUCACACUUAUUGCAUGCCAGCACCUUCUAAUGGUGACACCCAAGCUGUUGAUGAAAAAAGCCAACUUAAAGAUAAACUGGAUAGUUCAGACAGCACUUGUCAUUAUGUAAAUCUACCAGAGGGCUCCAGACCAAGCUGUUAUCUUUACAUGAAUCUUCCUGAUCCAAGGAUAGCACCUAAGGAGGCUGCAAGUUGUGUCAGUCAUGUUUUCAUGAGUCGCAGCAUGAAAGGCAUUUAUGAAAAUGUGCAACAGUAUUACAGUGAGAAGUUUGAAACAGCUGUAGCGUCAGAAGAGAGCACAUCUCCGCCACCACUUCCUCCUCCAGCUCUUCAACCUCGUCCGCCACCACCUAGAAUACCAAGGAGGGUACCAAAAGAUUCAAAAGGAGCACAGAAGCCUCCAGUUGCGCUUCCUGUGCAAACAAGAGAUUCCUGUGGGCCACCUCCCCCUCGCCCACCCAAGAAACAAGCAUCGGUUACCAAGGAGGGUUUAUCAAUUGCUCAACAAGACAUUCAAGUCACAAUUGCUGUUUUUGCUUCCAAAGCUGUUUCAGGUCGAGUGUGGUUCCUGCGGAUUGUGGUAAUGAAACAUGAUCCAGAUGACACCACAUUCAAGAUGGUGAAGGACCGUGAAAUUGCCAGCAAAUAUCACCUGAUACAGACCUACCCUUUCUGCAUUUCAUCAGAUAUUGUUGUCUCAUUGAAACAUCAGUGCCUGCAGUUUAAACUUACCAGUGAAGACUACCAAGAGGUUGGUUACAACAUCAUUGAGAAUCUUGUGCAUGGUUUUUGGUUUGUUAUUGAGUUCCACUUGGCACACAUGGGAAGUGACGCAGACCAGUUUGUGGGGAAUGUCUGCGUAGAACCCAAAGAUCUUCCUGUUGGUGAAAAGUGUCCUGUAAACAAGAGAGUCUAUCUUGGCAUCACUGAAGACUUUGAAAUGAAGCAAAACUGUAGUUGUGAUCAACAUGGAAAUCACCACACCAGUGGAAACCAGGUUUGGAAACCGGUAAUUCCCAAUUAUACCAAGAGGAAGGAAAUUUGCACGAAACUGGACAUUACCUUGUACUCACGAAACAACUGGCGAGAUGUUGCUGGACACCUAGGCUUUCAUGUGGAAGAAAUAAAGAGCUUAGAUGACAAGGCGCAGAAAUGCCCCAACUUUUCACCCAUGGAGCACAUUCUUACCAUAUGGGAACAGAGAGAUCCUGGAUGCAGCUUAGAUAGACUUGUUGGCAUUUUACGAGACAUCCAACGACCUGACAUCGUCAGUGAUCUUGGGUUUUCUUUGGAUUUGGAAAGCUCGUAAAUGUCCCCACAAAGUUUGCUUACAGGGUAGUUUAUCCUGAUUUUGAUGUUCACUUUUUGAUGUGUUACCACAUUCAUGACUGUGCAUAGAGGAAGCAUCAUACAGUUUACUAGAUAUUAUUGAAUCCAAACAUUUACAGGGCUUGUGAAAAUUAGCAACUGUUGACGGUGGUUCUGCAACAAGAAAAGCUGAUGAGUCUGUAUUUUCUUUCUAAAAUUUCAAGUUUUUAAAUAUAUACAUCACACUUAAAGUGUUUAAUAUAUCAGACUCUAAUUUCAUGGGACAUCUACCAGUAACUGCAUCAUGGCCUUUCAGUUUGCAGGGUUUGAACAUGUGUAUCGGUAGCUUGAUCAAAGAUUAAAAUGUUCAUGCUAAUAUGGCAAGCAAAACUUCUCCAAUAUUAAAGCAUACAUUCAAAAAUUAUUGUACAAUCCAGGAUUCCCUUGCCAGAAAUUUAAGCCUGUUUAGAAAUCACAUUGCCUACUGGUAGGCAAGCAAAUUUGAACCUAACUAGUCCAUUGAGCAAGCAAAAAUUUGGCUACUAGACUUAAUGAGCUGUUAGUCUAUUCACAUGUCUUGUUUGUAGUAGUCUUUUCUAUUGACAUCAGAGGGGUUUUCACUUGAGUGUCAAAAGAACUUUUAAUUCGCAUUGGUUUUGCAUUUCCAGCCUAAGUGAUUGGUUUAAAAAGCUCACACCACUUUUCAACCAAUGAGAAGUUAAACCAAAACCAUGACUUGCUCACACAUUGUUUUCCACGCUUCUCAUCAGUAAUACCUCUUUUCUUGGAGUUUUGAUUGGUUCACUGGAUUGUCUGUCCUUUGUGAUGGUCAAAGUGAUUACUUUAGUUCUGAUUUUACAACACUCAAUUGAAAACCGCUCUAAUUGCCUUGAACUUGUCUGAACAAUUUUUACUUUUUUGUACUGUAUAUAUUGGUAUUUAUCUUGACUCCUUUUAGAUUUUAAAACAAUCAAUGUAUCUUAUGUAUUGUGGAAGCAAUGUCGUAAAGAUUCCCUGAAUAUUCCAAAUCUAUACAUGUAAGUCCCAUAAAAUGAAAGUGUGUACAUUUACAAAAUUUUAAUAUAAUUUUUAACAAAGAUAAAUUUAUCAAGUAAAUAAAUGUAAUAGUUAGCAAGUUUAAAAAUUGUCUCAUAAUGGGACUGGUUAAGUGUUCCCUUACAGGAAAUGUUCAAUGUUAACUAUCAAUCUUUGGCUAGGUCCAUAAUUCAGUAUCUCCCUGUGGGAGGUAUAUAUCCCAAAGCAGAAAAGAGAAAAUUAAUGUUGUACUAACUUUUAGAGACUACAGAGUUUGCAGUUGAAAUGCAUGUUGGCUGCUGUAUUAACUCUAGCAACUCCAGAGUUACUAUAAAUUUAUGAAUAGUGUUUUUCUACAACAGCACAAAACCCUAUAGCAUGAACACAUGUGCUGUAUUCUAUUGUACUGUAUUGUAGUGUAUUGUAUCAAAAUUGUUAAAUAAAGGAAUUUGUUCCAUG